AUCACAACUGGCAGCCAAUUCAAAGUAAGGCCGGUUAGGAACAAUAUAUUCAGUCCCGCGAGGCGUCCGAAUGCUGCCAGGAAUAACACGAAUUUAGUGAAAGCAGUUGAGAGCAAAUUCAGUUUAACAGAGCCUAAGAAGAGCUUAGGAGGAGCUGCAACGCCGUCUAAGCCCACAGAGUGUAAGCAGCCAGGGCAAGGCGAGCCAAGGAGCACUGCUAAUAAUACAUAUCCCAAGAUUCAAGUGCGACCGCUGGCUGAGCUGCUGAAGCAGGAAAUAAUUGCGGUCACUCAGGAGCAGCGACUGGAAACCGGCACAGCAGGUGCUCUCAGCGCUAGCCCCGUCAAACCUGGCCAGCGGCCAACGGUCCAAAGUCGUCGUCGAACUGUCAGCCACAACAAUCACAAUGGCGGCGGUGACUAUAGUCUCAACGAGCGUCUGGCCCAUAUGGACAAGGAGAGUCUGAAGAAUAUAAUCAACAACAGUGAUACGAUAUAUAACGAGCAUCUGAAGUUGCAAGCGCGACGACGUCUGCGCGAGGAGAUACGACGCCAGCUAAAGGAAAUUGAAUUGGAACAACCAAAGGAUACGCUAACCAAGGAUUUGAUCGAGGACGAAAUCGUCGAGUCCAUCAAGCUGCCGCCAUUUUUGCUGCAAGAGAUUGAAAAGUGUUUCGGAAUAGACAUAUCAGUGGGCGCGACGACAGAGACUAACGCAUCCAAGGGCAACAGGGAUCCAACUCAGGAGCAGAGCACAGAGCAAACCGAGAGCCAGGCCAUGAGAAGCGCCACGGACUUAAUGGAGCGCCUGAAGGUGGCCGAGCAAUUCAGGAUGAUGGCAGCCAAAAAAUGUAGGAAUAAACAGCCAAGUGAAAAGCCCAAAUGUCCCAGCUUGCAGAGCAAGUCCGCUAAAACUUCCGAUAGUAUACCAAAGCCUAAUCCGCAAAGAAAAGAGUCUGAGAGCAGUGCUCCUGCACCAGGGCAACAGCAGCAGCAAUCGCAGAAGGAGUCGAUACCGGUGGAGACAGUGAAUCCGUUGUCCAUUAAACAGGAAAUUCAAACACCGUCGAAGAAUACGCAGAAGAGCAGCGGCAUUAUUGUUGUGGUCAGCUCCGAGGAUGAGGAUAACGAGGAAGGGGAGCAUAUUACUGUUAAGAAGAAGAAAAAGCAAAUUGUUGCCAACGAAAGUGACAAUGACAGCGAUCACUCGAACUCAUCCAGCUGGAGCACAGACUCCACCAAGCGUCGCUAUCGACAAAAACUGGAGAGCGAUGCCAACAACAUUGUCGACAGCUUCGAGAAACUGAUAUUGCCGCAGCUGAAGGAGUCGGUAGCGGAGCGCUAUCGCAGCAGCCACUGUGACAAACUGCGAAAUCGGCUGCACUUCAUCUCCUGCGUGGUGACCAGCAGUGAGCACAACUCCCAGAGCUUCAGCAAAGCGGAAGUGGCCAAGAUACAACAGAAUCUCAAAUCGAACGACUAUCGCCAGGCCAUUGAGUUCCUGUUGCGUGAAAUCGUGAAUGUUGUCAACCUGCAGAAGCAAACCGCAAUGGCGCGGCGCAAGCAGAACUUGGAGAAGGCGCUGCCUAAUGAGCUUAUCGCCACAACAGCCGCUGCGAAAAAUGCUGAGCCCGCGUCUGAGUCACAUCAAAGGGAAGCCGCUGGGCCGGCAGUCGCGGCAGCCGCGGCAACCGCUCAAGCUGUGAUGCCGCCCACACCGCCGCGAAAUGGCACGCCCACACCAACAACCGUUGCAAGUGCGGUGCGUCCGCUGCACACAUUGCCCACGGGUCUGCCCUACAUGGGCCUGGACUCGACUGUGGCGCAUCUAUCGCCCGGCAGCUUCUCGCCCAACGACUCGAUCAUGCUGAUGGGCGAUUCCGUGACGCACGGCCUACUUGAGAUCGAUCGCCGGCUGCUGGAGAAUCAAAAUCGUCGUGGGUUUCUCGAGGAGAUGAUUAUGAAGUUUCAGCGCGAGAAAUCCGACUUGGAGAUGCUCAGUCUGGAGCUGCAGAAUCGCAAGUUUCUGCUGCUCAACACGGUGAUUUCAAGGAAUCAAACGGCGACAAUGCCUCCGCUAACCACCGUAACUCCCACGAUCUCGCCACUGCUUCCAUUGCCAACUACCAAUCCAGCACCAGCAACAGAUGUCGCAGCACCCGCAGUGGCUCCUGCUAAAUCUGAAGCCAGCCCUCGUAAGCGAAAGUGUCGCGCCGUCGUCGUGAAACGUGUCAAGAUCUUACCCAAACGUAGGCGUCUAGUCAAAAGAUCAACAGAGCCCACGCCGAGCCACGCAGCUGAUAAAAAGGUUGCCCCCAAAGAGACGGAGACAGAGCCUGAGCCCAAUAUUCCGCAGCCCAUGGCACUGCAGUUGAAUAUCAAGCAGGAGCCGAUCGAGGCGCCAAAGACGCCACCGCCGUCAACUCAAUCAAACCCGACUGUAAUUGGCAACAGUCCCCAGUAUCAGCAUUUGACCGCAUCUGUUUCGGCCAGCUUGGCACAGCAAACGAUGGCAGUGGUACCACCGCUGCCACCACCACCGCCGCCGCCGUUGCCGUUCGCCAACAUGUCACAAUAUGAUCUGCCGCGGGCGCUGCUAAAGCCGACUGCGCCCGUACCGACACCGUGCAGCGCAGAGUCUCAAAUGGCAGCGAAUUUGGAGAGCUAUAAUUAUGACUAUAUACCAACCGGAAGAUUGCAUAAUAUCAGCUGUCCCAUCACCCAGAUUCGCGUCUAUAAGGCGUACAUCAUAGCGGCCUCGGAAAAUGGCGAUAUCUUCCUGUUCAACAUUGGCACUCACAAGCUGGAGUUUCAGAUAACCAAGCACAGCGAAGCGAUUACGAAUAUGUAUCUGUGCGAGAAGGAAUCCUUCUUAUACACCACGUCCUUGGAUGGUUUCUUCAAGAAAUCCUCACUAGAGAAUCUGGAACGCGUAAUGCAGACAGUAUACCUAAAAGAACCCCUACAAUCUAUCGACAUCGAAUGGGGCGUUGCGUUUAUCGGCAGUCGUUGGGGCAAUAUUUUUACCUAUAAUAUAGCGGCUAAUAAAGUGAUGGACCUGCCGCUGCUAUCAACUGGCCAGUCCGUCAUCGCCAUUAAGGCCACCAAAGAGGGUCCUCGCAAUAUAAUUAUAUUGGGCUGCAAGGGAAAUGUGGUGCUGUUGCACGAUGCGGCAACUGGUUUGCUGUUGCGUCGUCUUAGCAUGCCCGACGGCCUCAAUGUUUACAGUCUGAUGCUGCUUGAUGGCCAUCUGUUUUGCGGCACCCAGAAGAAUGAGGUGUUCAAGUUCGACUUUGCCACUGGUUUGGUGACCAACACAUUUCCUUGCGGCAAUGGUGCCGUUACAAUGGCGUUGUAUAAAGAGAACUAUCUGCUUAUUGGCUGCUACGAUGGCUACGUCUAUGUGCUGAACAAGGAAACUGGCUUGCAACUGGGUCGAUUCGCUGGACCUGGACGUUUGGUGCUUGCUCUGGCCCUAGCUGGCGACAAGGCCAUCACCUCGUCAAAGGACAACGCCUUGGAGAUACUUCAAAUACCGCCAGAAUUGUUUGCCUAUGAUCAAUCGACUUUAGAAUAAGGGAUUAGCAAUUUGAAUAUAAUUUGUAUAUU